AUGAAUCUCCAAACUUUUAAUCUUUUUCUAAUUGUUCUUUCAAUUUUACUUAUAUCAUCUAUUACUGUUGAUGCUCGUUUUCAUAAAUAUAUUAACAAACAUAUUAACAAAUAUGAUAAUAAACAUACUACUGCGCCUACAAAACCCAAAUGCUCAACAUCAACUCCAACUCCAGAGUGUUGCCAAUCACGUGGCGGUCCAGGGUGGAAUGGCUUAGCUCUUUUGGGUUCUUAUGAGCCUGUUAAUAUUACUAAUGCAGUGGAUUGUUGCAUUUAUUGUACUAAAGAUUCAAGUUGCCAUUCAUGGAUGUUUAGUAGUGAAGCUUUAUGUGCUGUGGGCACAUCCGAUGUUACUUGUUCAUCAUCCAUCAUUACUCCAAGCUCUGACAUUGAAAGUGGUAUUGCUCAUUGUAGUAGUGUUAGUCAAUGUUAA